CUAGCAGUUCUACAAUCAGCCUGGGGAGCAAGUCUACACAGAAACCACCGGCAUGUCCGGAGGGCCCUGGCUGGUCCUGACGGCUGAGAUGGGGAAGGUCGGGGCGUACAGCUGUGAGUACUGGGCAGUGAGAGAUGGGCGGAACAUCUACUCUGCACGAAGCCAGCCUGUCCAGGUACCAGUGAUGGAUUGCCCUCUCGCUCCAUCCAUCUCUGCAAUUUCUGAUCGCCCCGGAAAGAGCCCUGUUACCAUCGAAUGCUCGGCCCCUCCGGGACACAUGGCUAAAAGCUACCAGUUCCUGAGACAGGGGAAUGUCAUUAUCUCACAGCCAAGUGCCUAUCUCCAGCUCUGUCAAUCUGAUUUGGAUGCUACCGGCCCUUACACCUGCAGCUAUGAGAUCAGUGUCUCAGGGAGAAUGAUCCAGUCACUGCCGAGUGCCCCCCUCUCAAUCCAUCUGACAGGCCCUGAGUUCACCACCGGAGAUUUUGUUACCCUGACAUGCUCAGCUCCCAGCUGGGAGAAGAAGAUGCAGUUCUGCUUCCUCAAGGCUGGGGAACAAGUGGCAUGCACAAGACUAGGUGCUAGAGGACUCUCAGAGUUACCAGAUUGGAAGACACAACAUGGAGGAUUCUGGCUCGUACACCUGUAUGUACCGGGUAGCCGAACCUGGGCAGGAGACCUCCUCCCUAGAGAGCCAGCCCAUCUCCAUCACAGUCACAGGUGUCCCACACCCCCCGCUGGCUCCAAAAAUCAUUCUGGGCCCCCCAAAACACCUCUAUUUUCAGAGGGAAUGUGUCAAGCUCACCUGCUCAGUUCCUGGAAGCGAGAAGAUUGAAUCAUUGACACUUGUCGGUUCUGAUCAUACAUGUGUGACAAACAAUAAGAUAUAUCGGACUGAACAGUCUGUCUCCUGACUGUCCCAUGGCUGGUCUCACCUGCAGCACUUCCAGACGUGGCUCCCCAGGCCCCGACACUGUCUGCAACCCCCCACAGGACCAACU